AUGGCUGCGAUGGGCGAAGCAGAUGGGACGGUCAUACAUCGGCCCGAUGCAUCGACCCUGCCCCCCAUGCUCCAGCCGCCAUGGAAGGCGAGUCCGGGAAAGGGCAAGGAUCGAUACGCAGCAAUGGGCGGAGACAUGUUUUCGCCCAUGAAACUGCAGCAAAUGUUCCAUUCACCCGGCGCGUCGGCGCAAACGGCAUUCACCUUCCGUGCGGCGCACCCGCAAAUCACCUCGUCGACGCCGAUAGUGUCGCGGCCAGCGAGCCAGGCCCAACGAACAUCGUCCAACAGCGGCCCUCCAUCCACACCUGGCGGCCCGCACAUCCCUCUGCGCCUGUUCAACUUGCAGUACGAUGCACGCGUGCGCAGCGGACUCGAGCAGCUUGUCGAGGAGCACGAUGUAGAUCUAUCGCAUGACGCGUCGCAGGUGAGCGAGGCAAGUACGCUGCAGAACAUGCAUGCGAGCAAACGCCUGCGUGUUGGAUCGCUUCGCGAAACCACCCAGCGAAUCCCAAUGGCCUACAAAGGCGAUAAGGAAAAUGCGAUGGCGACGCCGCGCAGCAAGGAUGCAGUCUCUACACCGCCCAUCGAUGUUCCGCGCUCUAUUCUCAAGAGCGUGCAGACUAAAGCGCCGCACAUACCCAGCCGUGUUGGCCGCACACCGCGCUCGCGCUCUAUUAGCUUUGCGGACCAAAAAGACGUGCACGUCACGCCGCGCACGGCUCGGCUCGAGCAUGUGCUUGCUGAGCUCGAUGCAAUGAACUUGACACGAAGCGCACACGGCACGCCUCGCGCGCCAAACGACGCCAGCGGAGCGAGUGAGCGCUCGAUACUGACCAACGCGUCCUUCCAAGUCGCGCGCGACAAGAUUGUCGAGCUGCUCACCGACGUCGCGCCAUGGGAGCCCGACUGGAAGCAUAUGGCGCGCGUGGAUCUGCGUGCGCGCAAGCUUGAAUCGUGCAUCGGCUUGAACGAGUUUUUGCCGAAUGUGCGCGAGGUAUGGCUCGAUUAUAAUCACGUUGCAUUCACUACGGGCCUGCCUUCAUCGGUGCGUGUGUUGAGUGCGGUGGAGAACCGCUUGUCGGAGCUCGCGUCUUUUAGCCAUCUACAGCAACUCGAAGUGCUCGACAUUCGCGGAAACGAACUGCACUCGCUGCAGCCGCUCGCGGACCUCGCCGCGCUCAAAGAGCUGCGUGCGGACCGGAACCAGAUCACGACGCUGCAUGGACUCGAGCACCUCACCAACCUGCAGCACCUCAGCGUGGACGAGAACAUGCUUGGUGGCGCUCUCGACCUUGGCGCCUUCGAUUGGUCUUUGCUCGAGACAUUGCGGCUCGGCAGGAACGCCAUCACGCACCUCGAACGACUCGAUACCCUCGCGCCCUGUCUUCGUGUGCUUGACAUGGACGAAAAUGCGCUCGCGCACUUGCACGUCGCCACGAUGCAUAAGCUGCACACGCUCCGUCUUUGCGGCAAUGCACGGCUCCGCACGCUGGCGAUGGAUGCAUUCCCACAUCUGCGCACAUUGUACGCGGAUCGCUGCAGCAUUGCCCGGCUCGACGCACUGGAUACAGCGCAUGCAUUGCAGCGCCUCUCGCUCCGGCAGCAGCAUGUAGCGCUCCACGCGCCGCUCCGCAUUCCCGCGAAAUUGCAGCGCCUCUUCCUCUCGGGCAACGCCUUGACGGACCGCGAGAUAAUUGCGGCGGAUGCGCAGUCGCUCCUAUACCUGGAGCUCGCCGGAUGCCAACUGACUGUCGUCCCUAGCCGCAUCCAGCAACAGACGCCCGCACUACGUACGCUCAACCUCGACCACAACCACCUGCAGACUCUGCCCAAGCUCGCGGCGUGGCGCCAUCUCAAGCGCCUGAGCUGCGUAGGAUGCCAACUGCCCACGCUUGAGACGCUCGUGCACAGCAUUCAUGGGCUCGAAGAGCUAUGCGUGCUCGAUACACGGAUGAAUCCAUGCACCUCUGGGCUCUAUCCGCCGAUGCUGAUCCCUGUCCAGCCUGCUGCGGAAGAAGAUACGCUUCCCCCUGUGCCGAAUCCAGCGAUUGUGCAGCCAGACAGGGCCGACGAAGAGGCAAAACGUGCGGAUGCAGAGCACAGUGCGGCCAAAGCACUCGCAGACCGGUCCCAAUUUCACAAGCGGACCAUUCUCCUCCCCCCGGAGCCCCGCGAUGCGUUUCACGCGAGGGAUACGGCGUUGGGCAGCCGCGCCGCUGCCUUGUUUGCGAGUGCAGACAAGCGAUUCGUAGCUACUUUGCCGCAUACGAUCGCGGCGAAGCGCGUCUUGUACCGCGGGCUAUGCGGCAUGGCGUGCGAUACACUCACAUGGCUCGAUGGCCUCGAGCUGACCGAUACGGAGGUAGAGCAUGCGGCAGAUGUGCUUCGUCGUGCGGAUCUGUACUAA